UAUUUCUGACUUUAUUGAAAGAAAGUAUCUUCUCCUUCUUCGCACACCUAUAUUCACUCCUCUGGAUUUCGAUCGAUCACAAUUCACACCUUAUGAAGAUUCAGUGCAACGUCUGUGAAGCGGCGGAGGCCAACGUCCUCUGCUGCGCCGACGAGGCCGCCCUCUGCUGGCCCUGUGAUCAGAAGGUUCACGCCGCCAAUAAGCUCGCCGGAAAACACCAGAGGGUCCCGCUCUCCACUGCCUCUUCGCAGAUGCCAAAGUGCGAUAUUUGCCAGGAAACUGUUGGAUAUUUCUUUUGCUUAGAGGAUCGAGCCCUACUUUGCAGAAAAUGUGAUGUUGCUAUACACUCUGCAAAUUCCUUAGUAUCAGGGCAUCAAAGGUUUUUACUCACAGGAGUUAAAGUGGGCCUUGAGGCUACUGAAGGUCAUACUGAACCAUCUCUAGGAAAGACCAAUAUGGCUGAUAAAAUAUCAGAACCGGAAUCUCAUUCUCUUCCAAAAAAGGCCACCCCAGCAUCAUCAACUGCUCAAUGUGGUAAAAGCAUGCCUGUUCAAGCUAGCGGAUGUGGUGAUUUUUCAAAGCCGCCCUUCUCCGGAGGUUCCUCAACUGGAAGUAUUUCACAGUGGCAGUUUGAUGAAUUUCUUGGAUAUGGUGAUAUCACUCAGAGCUACAAUUUCAUGGAUAAUGACUCAUCUAAGGCUGACAGUGGAAAGCUUGGAAGUUCAGAUAGCUCCCAAAUUCUACUAGCUGCUGAUGGUGAGUUAGAAUGCGAUGAUUGCAUGGGUCAGGUGCCGGAAACGUAUUGGGCAGUGCCACAGAUGACUUCUCCGCCCACAGCAUCCGGGCUUUACUGGCCGAAAAGCUUCCAGAAUCAGCCAGACUCUUCUGUGUUUGUGCCCGACAUAAGUUCCCCGCCCUUACAGAAUCUCCAUAACCAUCAGGAUCAUUCACAUGCUACCAACUCAAAGCGUAGGAGACAUUAUUGAUGAACUAUACGUCGUUCAUGUUCUUGUACCACAUAGCUGCCCCAGGAUACCCCAGCUCUUUAGGAUUAGGAUAGAUGGUCUUACGUGAGCCUUAUCUUUGUCAUGUUUGCUUUCUUUGUUUGUUGUGAGGUUCAGUUGUUGGAUGAUUAGCUUCAUCAUAUGUUGUAUGUAAAAUUGUCUUCACUUUGUCGCCACAGGUGAAAGUGGCGACUGCGAUGAUACAAUCUUGUAACUUAAAUAUAACAUCGGCUGAAUUUAAAUGUGUAUAAUAAAAGAUAAUCCUAAGCAGCAA